AUGGUUGCCCCGAAAUCCAAGCGGAAGGAGCUAGAGGUGCCGCCAUUUGUUUCCAAACAGUGGCAAUCUGGCAACAAGUCAGAGAUGGGAAACCUCCUGAUGGCAGUCAACUUCUGCAAGGACACCUUCAUUUGCCAGCUAGAAGUUAUCGUGAAGAGGAAGCAGAAGUACACGAUCACUGUCGACGAAGUACUGCGAAUCCCUCGCCUCUACGCACAUCAGGAGUACUGGGUCAAACUCCGAGAAAGCGGCACGAAGAAAGAGGAGCUCUCUCACGAGGAGAUCCGCCGCUCCCUGAAGGGCCUGGGCCAAGACGAAGAGGUGAAGCUGCCCGAGUCCUCCUUCGGCGGCUUGGACGCGGCUGCGCUUCGGGACGACUCGGCUAAGGAAAAGGCCAAGGAAGAGAAGCCGGAGGAUGACAAGUUCAAGCGGACCGAAGACGCCCUGCGGAAGCUCUCGGAUGCGCUGUUGCAGAAGGUGAAGAAAACGAGGGCUUUGGUCAAGGAGCUGAAGACCCAGUACUCUGCAGCAACUCCAGAUGUAGCAAGGGCCAUCUCCACGCUCGACAACGACAUCAAGGGCCUCGAAGAUGCGUAUGACAAGGGCCAGGAGAUCCAGAUCGGCUGUGGCGUUGCCGGCGCCUGGACCGAGGAGACUUGGAAGAAGGCCGAAGCGCACAUCCGAAGUGCCACCUUCUUGCCGUCGUCACGUGCAACUGCAACCGAGCAGAAGAUCAGGACCUCUGCCAAGCCCUUCUUCGAGAAGUCGAAAAUCGAGCCUGCGCCCAAAAAGGGUGCCCAGCCGAAGGCCAAUCCAAAGGCCCAUCCGAAGGCCAGCUACCGAUCAGCGAUUCGAACUGCACGUGACGUGGUUGCAGACAUCGGGACGGAGGCGGCUUCUGCAAGCGGGGGCCUUGUGGAGUUAGCAGCCCUGUCUGAAAAUAGAUCCGAAAGAGAUGGUGGGCGACUUUUACAGGGCAAGGCUGGUCUCAGUUUGCCGAUUCCACUUACAAUGCUGGGGGAAGGGGACCUUGCUUUCCCAAUUCUACGAUUACGCGAUUGGGGGCAGUUUCUUGCUGAUCGGCACUGCCUCCACAUGUUGGUCGGCUUGAACAAGCCAGACUGGAAGAGAGAGUGCGAUAUAUGUGAAGAGUUUUGGACACAGUACAGAAAGCUUAUGCCGAACAACUCAAUUUUCCAGCGCUUCGAUCAGGGUUUGAUGGAUCCACGGGGAACAUUUCCGUUUUGCUACCACGGAGACGAAGGCCGGGGCAGGCGUCGCUUGCCCUUUUUGGUGUGCAACUUCCACAGCCUACUCGGCAAAGGUACACAAGAGCAAUGUGGCCAAAAAAGGCCUUACCUCAAGCUCCGGAUGAAUUAUCGGGGCAACAGCCUGGUCACAAGGCUUCUUCAUUGCGCCUGCCCCAAGAAGCUGCACCAGCAGAGCCACAUUUUUGAUGCUUUAAUGGAAAACGCAGUCUCAGUAUGGUUCGCGGUGCUUGCGAUCACAGGGGAUUGGCCUUGGUUGCACCGCUGCGGCUGCCUUUGCCGGAGUUUUAACAACGUCCCGAAAAAAACUGGUGACAAGAUGACUGGGGUUUGUCAUCGAUGCAACGCUGGCGCCGAAGGCGUGCCGUGGGAAGAGGUUCAUCAAAGGGAUCCAGCUUGGUUGAAGACCACUUUUGCGGACAGUGCAUUCACCAGUGUGCCGGCUAUCUGUCGGUUACUUUCAGUUCCCGGCCAAGAAGAGGGGUUGCUGGCCUUCGACUUGUUUCAUUCGUAUCACCUUGGAAUCGGUAAACACUUCGUGGGCAGCUGUUUAGCUGUCUUAAGCACCCAGUUCCCUGGCCGUGGUGUAGACGAUCGUUUCAAAAACCUCGAGGCCAGCUUCUUCUCUUGGUGCAGAUCGCACAACGAAGUUCCUGUCUUGACGCGUUUGACAAAAGAGACCAUCCAGUGGCCGGCCACCACUGAUUAUCCAUGUGGCAACUGGUUUAAAGGCUCCGUGACAACAGUCUUGUCGAAAUAUCUGGAAGCGACCCUUUGCUCCCGGACCUGGACGGACGAGCCGAUGCUCGACAAAGCUGGGGAGGCAAUCAAGUCUAUGAACAGCUGUUUGUCUUCACUUUAUGCGUCGGACGUGUUCAUCAGCCCCCCCGCGGCGGCCGUCGUCAUCGCUGAACAGGGUUUGAAAUUUCUCAGGCGACUGUCCUGGCUUGCAAGGGCUGCUGUGAACGAGGGCCGCACGCUGUGGCUUUUAACGCCGAAAGCACACGCUGUUCAUCAUCUGUUUUUAGAAGAUAUGUUGCUGCCUGCUCAAAGGGGCCUUUGCCCGAUGAAUCCUCUGACACUCAGCGUGCAACUUGAUGAGGAUGCUGUGGGCAAGGCUUCUCGCCUCGCCAGGCGCGUGGAUCCGCGCACUUGUUCUUUGCGGUGCUUGCAGCGCUAUUUGUGCGCUGCAUAUUCGGAGUACGUGAAAGCCCGAUACAUCAUUCCACGCUCAUAG